GUUUAUCCACAGCAUGUUCUAUAGAUAUCCAGCUUGCAGGGUACUACGAUUGACGGUGCGCUCAUGCUAGUGUCAGUAUGUCAACGUUACCCCAACCGUGCUGAUGAGAAUCCACGCGAGCCUGUUAGAUCACAAUGGGCCAGUCCAGAGACGAAAAGUCGUUUUUGGGCGACGUACAUGCAUGAAGCAGCUGAGCAUGAUGGUCAAAUUCUCGAUAAGUACAAAAGCGACAUGGAUAUCGUUCUAAUAUUCGUGCGUCUUUUACCUUAGCAUCACCUCUUUUCUUAUUCAUUCACUCGGUCCGCAUACCUAUUGUUAUAGGCUGGUCUUUUUUCCGCUGUUAC